AUCCGAUUGAUUGCUAAUCAAAUAGGUACUCUGCAAGUUAAGAUACAUUACUUUUAUUCAUAGAAAUAAGAACCAAAGUUUCAAGUGAUCGUUUCAACAUGAAGUUGCUGCAGAUUAUUCUGCUUUUUGCAUUUGCCGCCCUAAAUGAUUCGACUCCAUUGGCCUCAUCAGAGUCAUCGUCGACAAAAUACAACCCAGAAUGCUCCAAAGGAGUCAGCUUCUGGUGUCAAAGUGUCAUUAAAACUUUAAUAAAAGUUCAGCCAAAAGAAACAACGAAACUUUUGACUUGCAACCAGUGCAAAGUCUUUGGAUACUUAAUGGAAAGAAAAUUCAAUGAAACGUCAAAAGAUGAUUUAUUGGAGAAUCUUUUGGGAGUUUGUGGUGAAAUUUUAUCUUUCUCGGACUGUUCCAAAGUUGUCAUGAUGAGAUUCAACAAAAUAUAUGAUGCGCUAGGGACAAUACUAAAGUCAAACAGUCUUUGUAACAAAUCAGAAAUCUGCAAGAGUGAUCAAAAUAAAUUAUUACCAAGCAACGUUCCAUCAAUCAUCUCCCCAUGUCAUUUCUGCUUGCAUUUCAUUAAAGAACUUGAUGAAAAGUAUAUUGUGAAUAAGACCGAAAUCGAAUUUAAAAGUAAUUUGGAGAACUUUUGUGACUUAAUUGAGCCUUAUUCUUCAAAAUGUGAAGAAUUUGCCGAUCAAUAUUACGAUGCCAUCUACAAAUAUUUGUCAUCCAAAUCGAACGUGACAGAAUUUUGUUAUUCAAUUAAAAUUUGUAAGCGGAAACACUUUAUCGAGCAUGAGGGAAUUUCUACUACAAUAAACAAGAAAUUCAUUUCGGAAGCUGAUUUUCUGAAGAAAUUUGACGAAUCUUCAUUAAUCAUUCACAAAAAUGGAUCAUGGUGCAAUACAUGCCAAAGUUUGUUACGUUCAAUUAUAGGAAAAUUGGAUGAAUAUUCAACAGAAGAUGAAAUGGUGAAGACUUUAAAAUAUGUUUGCAAACAACUUCCAUCAGUGAUUCAGAACGAAUGUGAAAACAUCGUUGACCUGUAUGCAGAUGCAAUAAUUUGGUUAUUAGAUCGAAGUCUUGAUCCAAACUUUAUUUGUCCGAAAAUCAAAUUGUGUCCACAUAUUCUUGAUUUGGAACAUCUUCAAUCAACUGCUAUUGAUGGCAAGCCAACUUGUUCCUUUUGUUUAUUUACAGUUCAAGAAAUUUACGAUUUUGUGAGUGGAAGAAAAGUUAAAGAAAACAUUGAAAAUGCCAUGACGAUGCUUUGCAAUCAUUUGUCUGGAAAACUUCUCAGUCAAUGUUUGGAAUUUUCAACAAACUUCUCAGAAAAGAUUGUUGAGAUGAUUAUGGCUGACAUUCCACCACAAGAAGCAUGCAUGGAAAUUAAGCUUUGUCAUAACCAAGUUGAACCAUAUGAAGAGACAACUGAAAUAAAAAUUUACAAUCCGAAUGAAAUUCAAACUGAAAAUCCAAUGACAGAACAUCCGCAAUGUGUUUUAUGUGAGUUCAUUAUGUCAGUUCUUCAAACAGAAUUAAAUGACAUUAAUGUUGAUAUUAAAAUAAAACAGAUUGUUCACAAUAUUUGUCAUAAAAUGCCCACAACUGUCACGAGUUAUUGUAGAAAUUUUAUUGAUUUCUAUUUCGAGAGGAUUAUUGAAUUACUCAAGAUAAUUAAACCAUCACAAAUAUGUUCAACAAUGAAACUUUGUUUACAUCAAGAUGAUUAAUGAUUUUCAUAAAUAAAUGUUUACUUCAUUUGAAAGUUAUACCAUCAAAAGUAAAUUUAAUAAGCUUUAUUUAGUUUAAAUUACGCUACACAAGAAAGCACAGAUUUGAAUAAAUAUAAUAAAAAUAUUAAGUACUUUUGACUCUUAGCAUUAAAUAAAG